AUGCCGAAAUCAGAAACUAAGAGACAUCCAUUAUUCUCCAAACGCAUCACUGCCACACCCAGCCCUCUUCCGUAUAGUCGCCACGGACUUAUCAUAUUCACUGGGGUUUCUGGCCAUGUGGGCUUUCGCGUACUCGCCGAAGCUCUCAGCAGAGGCUACAAGGUCCGCGCCGUGAUUCGCAAGCCCGAACAGGCUCAGCUGAUAAAAACUACCGAAUCUAUUAAUUCCUACUUAAGCCGUCUAGAGUUCUAUGUGCUUCCCGACUUGUUCCUACCUGCAGCCUUUGACGGCACGCUACAAGGGGCGACCGAAGUGAUUCAUGUUGCCUGCCCCCUUCCCCGACAAAGUGAUAAUUACGAGUGGGACCUGAUCGAGCCGGCCAUCAAUGCUACAGUGGGCAUUCUCAAAUCGGCUGUGAAGGUUCCGUCGAUUAGAAGGGUAGCCAUAACAUCGUCUAUGGCGGCUCUUCACACUUGGGAAUAUAUCACUUCGCCUGACACGACCCGGGUGUUCACUGUUCGAGACUCUUAUAUCCCACCUGGGCCUGAUACUCCCUUCGAAAAUGCCAUGCAAGCCUAUGCAGCUUCCAAGGCAUCCGCCUUUGUUGCCGCCGAGCGCUUUAUUAAAGAAGCUAAGCCGACCUUUAACAUUUUCAAUAUUUUGCCCUCUAUGGUGAUCAGAAAGAACGAGCUAAACCGCACGAGGGAGGAGGUCGUCAGCGGCUCGAAUGCCACGGCCAUCAGCGUCUUGCUGACUACUAUGAGCGAUAUGCCCGCGCUUGGGGUUUCAAUCCACGUUAAUGAUGUUGCCAAGGCUCACUUUGAUGCCUUGAACCCCGCUCUCGCCGGACAUUGUAACUUUCUCUGGUCUUCUGGAGGAUUGGAAGGCACUACAUGGGAGCAGGCAAAGGAGAUCGUCAGGAAACACUUCAGUGAAGAGGUAGCUGACGGGACUCUACCCCUUGCCGGUAGACUCCCGAUCAGACUUAUUCGUUUUGAGGCGCAGGUGAAGAGCGUCGUUGGGCACUAUCUGGAUCUCUCCAAGUAA